AGAUUUUAAAUAGCUAACGGUUUUCCUAAAAAGUUGUGUUGUGUUAUGUGAGUAUUAGUAUUAAUCGUGUAUUAAUCUACAAAAUGGCUCAAAAGCAGAAAAAAGCCGAGGAAUUAGCUGAAGCUCACUUGACGAAAAUAACGGUACCAAGGGGAUUGGAACAAAGAACAAAAUCUCUGGUUCAAAACAUGAUUUCCCACGAAUGUUUUGGUAAUCCAGAAUACAAAUGGUCAUUAGACGAUUUUGAGUUGGGUAAACGAUUAGGCCGAGGUAAAUUUGGAAGAGUAUAUUUGGCUCGUGAAAGGCAGACUGGAUUUAUUGUUGCAUUGAAAACCCUGUUUAAAAAGGAAAUCGUGAAGGGACGUGUAGAAAGGCAAACGUUAAGAGAAAUUGAAAUCCAAAGUCAUUUAAAACAUCCAAAUAUAUUACAACUUCUUGCAUGGUUUCAUGACUCUCAUCGAAUAUAUUUAAUAUUGGAAUAUGCUGGUAAAGGUGAAUUGUAUAAGCAUCUGAAGUCUAGUCCUGGAGGUUGUUUUAACGAACAUUUAUCGGCCAAAUAUGUUUAUCAAGUAGCAGAUGCUUUGAAUUAUUGCCAUCAGAAUGAAGUUAUCCACAGAGAUAUCAAGCCGGAAAAUUUAUUGCUAACUAUAACGGGUGACAUAAAGUUGGCUGAUUUCGGAUGGUCUGUGCAUGCACCAUCGUUGAAUCGAAAUACAAUGUGUGGAACUUUGGAUUACUUACCACCUGAAAUGGUUGAGGGACGCGACUAUAAACAUUAUGUGGAUCAUUGGUGCUUAGGUGUAUUAUGUUUUGAAUUUCUAACUGGCAACCCUCCGUUUGAAAGUAAAAGUUCUGAAGAAACUUAUAAGAAAAUUAGAUGUGUGGAUGUUGUAUUUCCUGAAUACAUGUCUGUUGGUGCCAAGGAUCUCAUUUCAAAGCUCCUGGUACAUAGAAGUGAAGCAAGACUUAGUCUGCCUGGUGUAAUGAAACAUCCUUGGAUUACAGCAAACAAAUAGCUUUUCAUCGUUUAAUAAAUUUGAUUUUUAGCAGUUUUUAAAAUUGAAUUUUAUUUGUU